GUCACGUUUACACUUUUGCUGAAAUAAGGGAUUUGGAGGAGUGAUUUGCUAAUUUUGUAGACAGAUCAUUUUUAGUGUUCCAAUCACUCCUUUCUUAUUCUUGCUUAGAGAAAGAGAAAGAGGAAGACUCCUUUCUUCAUUUCUUGGUUUUAAAACACCAAAACUAGUUAUAUAUAGUCCAAUUCCACUUGCUAAAUUGGGAUCUUCUACUUCAGAGCAAUAGACAGAGAGAGAGAGAUACAGAGUAGCAAUUGACAAAAUGUUGGAAGGAAAAGGUGUGAUUGAAGAUACAGAUAUGCCAGUGAAGAUGCAGAUCCAAGCCAUGCGAUGGGCUUCUCAAGCUUUGGAUGUUUAUGAUGUUUUGGACUGCAAAUCCAUCGCUGCUCAUAUAAAGAUGGAGUUUGACAAACAAUAUGGGGAUGGGUGGCAGUGCGUGGUGGGAACAAAAUUCGGCUGUUUCUUCACUCAUACUAGAGGAACAUUUAUCUAUUUCACCUUGGAGACUCUCAACUUCCUCAUCUUCAAAGGAGCCACUUCUCCCCCUUAAUGAGCUUUUGAUUGUGAAAACAGUACUUGUAAUUACUCUUAGCUUAAUAGCUUCAUUGUUAGAGGGUUGGAAAUUUGUAAUUUUAGCCAAUUUCCACACAAACCUGAUGCAGACUAGUUUAUAUUCCACUAGUUGAAUGAGAAUUAUAUGGGCAAAUCAUGUUUCCCCUGUUAAACUCAUGUACCUUGUAUCAAAGAGCUGCCCCAUAUCAAGGAGAACUUUUGAAUAGUCGAAGAGGACAGAUUUUGUCA